AAAGUCGGGGAUUUUUCGUAAGUGCAAUAGUUAAGUCAAUAGUCCACAAAAUACAAUUAGCCAUCCGUGCAGUUAACUCGCAAUAGCACAACAUUAUCUUGUUUACUUGCGAAAUACAUACAAAUCAGAAGUUUUAUCGUUGUAUAUCAGAAACGAAAGAUACAAUAGCAAGAAAUGGCGACUAUGGAAAAGCCAAAGAAAAGUAAAACUAAAAAAGCUAAACCCAAAAGCAAAGAGCCAACGCCCCUAAUGGAUGAGGAAGAAUUAGAAGAGGAUUCUGAUAAGGAAACCACAUCAAAUCUUGGGUCAAAGGAAGUUACUGUGGAAAAAGUUUCACAAUCAGAAGUCCGUAAAACAAGCAUUGAAGACAUUAUACAGUCAGCCACAUCCACCGCCAAUAUAGAUAACAUAGUGACUCAAGAAUGUUUUGUAGCUGCGGACUUUAAGCAAAAGGAGAAUGAAAAUGAAAACAAAGAAAAAGUGGAGCAAGAAGAAAUAUGUGUGGUACCGGUAGUUACAGCUAUAGUGGCUGCUGACGAAAGUAGUGACAAUGUUGUAGAAACUGAUGUCAACGUUGUAGUAGCUACAAAUGAAACUAUAACUGAAAAUGAAAUCCUUACGGUUAACGCUUCACCCUCUGCUCCCCCAGCUUUAACAGCCAACUCAUCAAAUGCAACGGCAUUUCCGAGUGAAACUUCGACAACUUCUGCACAAAUGGUGCAAUAUCCACAACUUCAAAUGUUAAGGCAUGAAGAAGCCAUCACUGAAGUUGUUUAUAAACCUCCUCGCCUACGUUCACCAGGUUUUCGUUUAUCCUCCAGCAAAUUGCAAGCUCUCUCACAGGAACAACUACAGCAAUAUUACUAUUGUCCCGAAUUGUCUAUGGUUCAGCAAUUCGAAAUGGAAUUUCUUAUGAACUCCUUAUUGGAGACCUAUGAAAAUGAUCCCCUCUAUGCUGCCUUGCAAGAAUACUACCACCUGCAAAGUAAAUUAACUAUGAAUCUACAUGAUGUUAAAAAAUUUCGUAAGGAAGCUGCUGCUGCUCAAGAGCAUAUAUGGGUGGAGGUGCCCAUUACCAAAACGUUUUCCGAAAAAUGUGGCGAUAAAGUGGAAGUUCGUGAAACUGUGACUUAUAAUAUUGUUCAAGUCAAUGGCAGCAAUUUGGAGGCAGCUACAUCUUCGUUGACUGUUUUGUUUGACAUCAUUUCGAAUACCUACACCAGCAAUUUGAUAACAACGAAAAUUGUAAAAAUUAAGAUUGACCAAAUGAUAGAUGAAAUCAUCGUAUUUCCCUUUAAACGCCAUGAGGGUAUAUUGGAGGGCCCCUUGAAACUUCAUAAGCAGCUGGAUAAUGACUGCUUGCAUGUUAUAGCACAAAUAAGAAGGGCUUUAAGCAUUCUCUUCCAUUUCUCUCGUAAACUAUCGCCAAACAAGGACUUUGACAAAGAUCUCAAGUCUUGGCUUCAAAAACUUAUCUCACUGCAUUUGCGUCUAGCCACCAAAGAAGAUCAUUGGUUUUUGUUAUUCAACAUAUUACGUUGCCCUAGCGGCGUUGGGGCAUGGGCCAGUGAAUUUUUACAAGUACCAUGCAACAAGAAAGAUUUGACUCCAGUAGCUUCAUCGCCCACGGCCCAUACGAACGAAGUGCCAUUACCAUUGAAUUCACCGGAAAUUGGUCAUUGUAUGUCGGUAUUGCAGAUCUUAUUGUUGCCCAUAAAAAAACGAAAUGAAUAUUUGAAACAAUUUACACAGUCUCAAAAGGAAAUCACGGAUCCUGCAAAAGAGGAACGCUGGAUACUAAUCGAUUCCGAUGGUGAAGACAGCCAUACAGCUUCCGGCGAUUGUGUGGGCCUUAAAGAAAGUGAUUUGAUAGCCUUACUAAAUCAAAUACCUUUCGAGGAAUUGUUUAGAUCCGCUUUAACCAUAGAAAAGUUUCUGGACGAUUAUAUCAUUGAAGCUGAUUUAAUAUCAUCUCAACAAAUGCUUCAAGUAUUGGCCUUCUUUUCACAACUUUUAAAUCUUUUCGGUGAAGGUAUGCUGACCUAUAGCACUGAACGUUACAAGCAAUUGGCCAAACGUUUAGGCCGUUUGAUGCGUCAUUCAUUGCAAUAUGUCUCUGAUUAUUAUGAUCUGUUUAGACAAAAUAAUCUUUCCAAAGAUUUGGCUGUUUGUGAACGCAUUGCCUUGGAAGCCAAUGUACUGCUAUUGAAAGCCUGCAGUUAUAUUUAUCGUACUCGAAAUUUGGCCACUUGGCAAUAUUUCUCUUCUCUUCCCUUUUCAUCCAUGGACUCGGAUAUUGUUUGGCAAAUAUUUUAUUAUUUAAAUGUUGGUUUUCCCUUGGAUUUUUCAAUGCCCGAAGAAGAUUACAUGGAACAUUUCAAUGCUUCUGAUUUCUGGGGCAAAUUUAAUGUGGCGAAUGCCGAUUCAUCAGAUGAGGAUCUGUAUUAUCUUUUGCAAGCAUUCUUUGAAAUGGCCAAUGAUCGUGAUAAGACCAAAGAUUGGGAUUUAAUCAAAACCAUAUGUCUGCACAUUUUCCAUAUUGGCUAUCUCAAUGUUGAUACUCGUGAUAUCUGCUAUAAGACAGCCCGUGAUAUGUUGGUCAAUCUAACGCUGACCUAUGAAGAUUUGCUCUCAUGUCUAUUGACCCAGUUGAAAAUUCGUUUCAGCGAUUGUGAAAACGUGGUGUAUCUCUUCAAAUCGUUGCCCUUGGAAAACUGGAAGCCCUCAAUGGAAAGUUUUGAAGUUCUCUCCAACUGGUUGUUGCAUUUUGAUUUUAGAUCUGCGGAAAAUAUGUUGGCACGCAUUAUUAUAAGUCAUCUCAAUUGGUCUUUCGAUUGUGAUGGCCGUCUAUUUUUACCACACAACAUACACGUGCGCAUGGCUUGCCUGAUAUCGGAGGCUUUAAACAAACAUGCUCCGGAAGUACUGGGUCUAUCGGGUAUUUCGGAAAGUGUGCGUCAAGUCUCGAGUCUCAUUGAUUUUAGUCAAUCCACCAAGGAACAAUUUACCACCUGGUGUUGGAGCAUAGUGUCCAUAUUGCGCCUACACAUAAUGGAUCAAAAUGUGGAGACGAUUAAGCGUUGCUUGCAAAAUCCUUCGGAGGGUCUAAUGUUUGUCUCCGAACUGGAGCGUAUCGAUAUGAUACAUCAGGGGGUUAACGAGAACAGACCCUUGGCCUUAUAUGUGGCUAUACUGGUUUCCUUGCAUGGUCAUUCAAUACCGGUUAUAUGUCAAAAGGGAUUUGAAUUGAUGCAACGUUUGUUAAGUGAUCAUCGUCAUGCAGCUGUAAUACGGUGCCUGGAAUUGAUAGUUCCUUUGUUUUUGGAGUCACCCGAUACUUUGGGUAAUUCGGAGAGAUUUCAUGCCAUACUGAAUAGUUUGUUGAAUGCCGAUAAGACCUACUUGAAAAUGGCCAAAGAUAUGGUGUUUCCCAAUACAGUGGGACCGGUUUUGGAGUUGUUGGAUAAUAUGAUACAUCAUCAAAUUACCUCGUAUACCAGUUAUGGUUUGACUUCACCUUUGAAUUUGAUUAAUGUAUGGCUUAACUGUUUGACCGCCUUGCCCAAUUGGCAAAAUACUUACGUGGUCUAUUUGCUGGAUAAAAUAUUACGCGUGGCCUAUCAAUUCCCCGAUGCUCACAUGCAAUGUUUGGAGUUCUUUAACAACUAUUAUAGGGAGUGUACCGAUUGGAAAGGCACCACUAAAAUGUCUAGUCUCAAAGGUCUUUUUGGCGGUAGUCAAUCUAAGGUGCCUGCCUUGUCUCCCUAUCAGCCUUGGUUGGCCAUGAUCUUGUUGGAAAUUGAAUUCAAAACCCAAGAUACUUUUAUAUGGAUGGAGUUUCUAAGGCAAUUGGGUGCUGGUGGCACCAAUGCAAAUGUUGAGGCAGUGUUGAAGAAAACUCUAUCCAUUUCCAAAAGGUCUUCUUUUCCCGCAAAUAUGUUGGUUGUCUAUAAAUAUGCCAAUUUGGUGGCCAAUAUGGACAUAAAUCAUGCUCUCUUUCCCAUUGUCAAUCAGAAAUUCUUUGAAUUGUUCCUAGCUCGUAUUCCCUCAAAUUUCGAUGAGCACAGUUUCCAACAGAUAAAUGGUGUAUCCGAUAAAAUCUAUGAAUACAAUGUGCCGCUUAUGAAAAAGAUCAAAACCCAACUGAAGGCAGCCGAGACUUUUUACGACAAUGAAGCCAAGACACAUGCCAAUGAUGAUGCGUUAAGUUAUUACUAUCGGAAUUGUGUCAAAAUAACGAAAACCUAUGCCUUAUGGCUAGAGGAUACUGCCAUCAAUAAAAUGACAAGGGAUCAAGACUCCUACCCACCUCAGUAUAACAAUGAGAAAUUAAAAGAAAUUUUCAAUGGACCAACGAAUCAUUGGACAGAGUUUUUAUAUUUACCCGCAAUACGCAAGGAGCAACGUUAUCAGGCAGAUCAAUGGGCUAGAAAAUGUUACCGCCUUCGUGCUACAAAACAAUUGCGUACACCGCUGCAGGCCAAGCCUAAAGUUACACCCAAACAACGCAUUAAAUCACAUUUGAGUUCGUACGACAAGCGUUUGGCAGCACCCAAAUAUGUUAAGCCGGAUUUGCUAAUCCAACACAGUGAUAUAACACAAAAUUCCUUAAAGGAAUUGAAAGAGAAACUUAAAGUUCUAACAAGUACAGCUACAAAAUUCCAUUUCAAAACUUCCGAAUUAAAUUCAAUUAACCGCAACUAUAUGGACAACAUUGUUCAACUGUAUAAAAUGGUGCCUUAUGAGGAGAUUAAAAUUAAAAACUGCAACUCUUUGGUUUUCAAUCGUCGCUGUUCCAGUCCCGCCAGAAUCGUAACUAUUUUGGAGAAGAUACGCAAAGAUGAACAAAUUCAACAUAAGAUCGAUGCUUUUCGUGAGCGUCACGAUAAGAUAGUCGAUGAAAUGCUUAAGGAAAAUGUAGAAGAAUUUGCCCGCUGUGUAGGGCAGAUUGGACAAAUUUUACGUUUGCUGUUGACCCGGCAAAUGGCUAAUAAUCAGCAUAAUGCCGAUGAUCGCCUAAAAUCGAAUACUGGCAUUAACUUUUUCUAUCAUGUCAUUGAAAAUAUGUCUGAGAUAACUAUGAAAUUCAAUGCCACCAAUAAAUUUUAUACCGAAUUGUUAAAUGAUUUGGGUGUUUUCAUUCAAGAAAAUCAAGAGGAUGAAGGCUUAAAGAUUUUGGAAUUAGCUUUGAAACGUCCCAACCUGUUGAAGGAGUUAUCCGGCGUAUGUGUUCCUUGUCAAACACGACCUCCAUACUUUCUGCAGAUGUAUAAAUUUCUCAUCGAUUCUCAUUUGAAACUCUGUGAUACUAAAACAUUAUUUGUCCUAUUUUCAAAGUUUGAUUUAAUUUUGUGGCUUGAAGCGUUUAAUCCCAAACUUUUCGAUAUCAAUCAACUGCUGCAGCUGGUGUUGCAAGGGCUAGAAUCAUGGUCUCAGCCCUCUUCAAGCCUAUUGCAAGACCAAUUUCGUCGUCAUUUAGUGCAUAUUUUCGAUCAUGAUUUUCCCGAACACUAUGGCGAAGUUAUGCAAAUGGUUUUGAAUAGAAUAUCGGAUAAAAAAUUAAUGCCUAUCGUGCUGCUGGAUCUAUUGAAUAGUCUAUUGAUGCAAUAUAAUUGUGAGGUAUUCACUUUGGAUACACCACAAAAUAAAAUUCAAGAGAUUUCCAUGGAUUUUGCGCGACGUCAAUCACAGUUUAAUUUAAAGGCUGCCACAGAUACGGUAAUGCUGUUUGCCCGUCACUUUCAAAAGGAGCGUCUCGCUCAUGGUCUGCAUGGCCUAUAUCCAAAGCAUAAAGACUAUUGUCAACCACUGGCCAUGUGGUUUUCCUGUUUUGGCCAUUGUGUGGUGGUCUCGGCCAUAUGUACCUAUCAGGAGCUGUUGGCCGAUCAAAUCUGUGAUUUAAUAUUUGGCUCAAUUAUCGAAAUGUAUUCACCCUGGCUCAUCAUCUACACUGAACAAACCAUUCAACAGUCUUCCGCUAAUUGGAUAAGACAGCUGGUCGACAGUGGCAAUGGCAAAAUGUUGUAUCCCUGGAGCGCACAACAUGCAAAAACCAGUAAAGUUAUGAUCAAGAACUUUGUGCAGACUUUGAUGUUUAUACUCCAAAAUCUUCCUAUAUCUCAUAAAAUAUUGGCUCACUGCUUUAGCUGGUACAUCCAUCAUUUUGCUGUUGCCAAUGUUGAAAGUCAUAUUUUUGGACCCAUCCACGAAGGUAUGGCCGAAUUGCCUUGGGAGCAUUUUCAACCACAAGUUGAGUAUGUGGAUAUGCUCUAUGAUAGUUUGCAAAAGUUUAUUCCAGAAUCCCAUGCCAUGUUGGCACACAUCUUUAUACGCCUCAAUUGGAAUGAUUGGUUUACCAACACUCUUCCCACCAUACCAUCGGCAGCACACAAAACUCUAGUGUCUCGACUCUUUACGAUAUUCAUUAAGAUAGCCUUUGAGCCCAAUAUUCAUAUGCAAAUUAAUACCAGUAAAAUAUUGGAGGAUGCCAUUAAAUAUCCCUGGCAUAUGGUGGAAUAUAGUGAAUUGGAGAAUCUAAUGAAAUGGUUUUGCACCACUGUGGAACCCACCAUUGUCUUGAGAAUACCCGAAGAGACGAAUUAUGCAGAUCGAGCUGUAUUGGACCUAAUACGUUUGGCAUGUGCCAUGAUGCCUGAAAUUGGCAAUGAAAUGCAACAAAUAUCAAAUGCCACCGCCAAACGCAUUUUAUAUACCCGAUCAAUGAUACGCCUCCAACGUUCGUGUGCCGCUAAAAAUCCCAAACUUUUUGCCACCAAAGAGGGCAAAAAGGUAUUCAAUAAUGCUUUUGAAGAAUUGCUACAAACGUUGAAUCAAUCGCUUAGGGCUUUGGCUGCCACCAAAUCACACGAGGAACAACGCAGAGAGGCCUUAAAUGUAAUGCUGGAAAUUAUAUUGCCAAUGCAAACGCAAAGUGAAGAGACUUCAAACCUUCACAUCGACAGUAUCAUUAAGUGGCAAGCCACCACUGCCGAGCCCGGCAACAUCUUAAUGUGCAGCAUCCUAUCUGCUUUGGGUCAUAUGAAAGCAUUUAUAGGUGGUACCUAUGUGCUUCUUGAAUCCACCAUUUGUUUCUAUUUCCGUUCUUCCGAAUCGAGUUUAGAAUGGCAUACCCCAACUUGGAUAAAUCUUUUGCAGACUCUACAGAUGUCUCUGGAGAAAUUGGAACUUAUGCCUAUUAUGCGCAAUUGCUCAAUGUUUACUCUAAAUGUUUAUAUUCUGUAUAAAAUGGAAAAAAUGCCUACGGUGGGUGACCAAAUUACUUUCAUGCAGGAUCUGUGUCAACUCAUAGAGAGUAUAAAAACUGAACCAUCUACUGAAGCAAUGAUGACUGUGGUUUGGGGUUCUAUGAUAGCAUGGGGAUGUAAAAUUUUCCUAAAAGAACCGCAGAAUUCCAGAAAACCUUUAAUAAUGUUGUCCAGGCAUUUGCAGCAUCUAUCCUCGCAGGCAGAGGGUUGGGGUGAUGGUCUAUUGGGAGCUAUUGGCCUAAAAAGGGAUGUGGUUACCAACAAGCGUAAAGUUCUUACACGUUGUUUGGCCAUUGUGAUAUUGUCAUUGUUUCCAAAUAUUAGCUAUAGCGGUGAACGUGUGGAACCCAAUGAGGAAUAUUGCUCUUCUAUGCGCGAACUAUCCAUGCUAUUGGCAAAUAAAAAGUUCUUGGAUGUUAAACCCUUGGUUGUACAAGCAGUUAAUAUUCUCAAAGAAAAUACUCUGCCCAAAAUCCAAGAUGUCUCACAUUUGGUUUGUCGUCUUAUAUCUCUCUUCUACUGUAGCAGUUUCUUAACUUCUGUUCCCGAAGUUUGGGAAAUGGAUUUUCAUAUACCUAGUGCUUAAGUUUUUAUUUUUUCACUUUACCUCUACCAUUUAAAAGUCUGUUCAACCAAUAGUGUUUUCGUUCUCACAUACACACUUACAUAUAUAUAUUUUUUAUACAAAAUCAUAUAAAAAUACAUUUUAUAUAUAGCUAAGCUUAGUUGUAAUCAUGGA